AUGACUAAAGGUGAAAAUAUCAUCACUACCGCCAUCAUCAUCAUUAUCACCAUCCUCUUCACAACUUCAUCAAAGACGGUUGAGACCAGUGAAAUAUACCUGGAAGGUUUCAACCUAACGUUCUCAAACAACGACGACGACGACUAUGACAAUAACGACCAAAAUGUAAAUUACUUGAAUGAGAGUAAUGCAACGACGUCAAACAAGGAACGGUGCCCAGGAGAUGAAUCCAUCUGGCAGCCUUGCAAUUUAUACGACAGCUACAGGCAGCAAUUGAAAGAGCCAAAAUGCGAAUAUAUAAAAGGCCUGGACACAAGCUGGGCGGUCAGCCUUAAUGAAAGUGUUCUGGCAUAUCCUGACAAGCCACUGGACCUCACUGUUGACCUCUUAUCGAAGGAGAAUCACAAAUAUCUCAACAUCACCUGGAAAGUUGCAGAUUCCUAUUCGACCACCCUUCUAAAAGGAUAUUUGUUGAACGCCUCCUUUGUAUACAAUGAUAUUUUUGCAAAAAAAUCCGAGCUGAAACAAAUCCUGAGAACAUUCCGGAUGUCAAUAUCAGAAAAAGAUCAUCGCAGAGUUAAUGACGGCCUGUGGAUAUCUCACACGUGCAUCGUACCAUUCCCAGCUACUCGAUAUACGAUAACAGUUGAAAGUCUUCCGAGCAAAGGCGAGAAAUCGGUGGCUCAACUGAGUUUCAGCGUUGGACUGUUUACAACUAAUGUUGAAGAUGGGUGCAGUCAAAAGUGGGUGGCUUCCAUGUGGGUGAACCAAAAUUUGUCUUCCAACAGCCUGAAGGUCUGCUUCCUCGGAGCUCCACCUGCCUUCAACUUCACAUCCUAUCGAAUUAAUAUUAUCAGCAAACUGAAAUUUGACGUAAGAGAUUUCAGUGACAACAGUUACAUAAAAGAUUACGACGUAUCUGAUAUCAAAGCAGCAUUCGACAAGAAGAUGUGUGUUCCGUACGAAAGUGUGGUGCCUGGGGAAUACCUUGCCACGGCCCUUCCUGUGAGGACCAGUUCAGAAUCAUCUACAUUUUCUUACGCGGGUCUAAUUGGCAUUGUACUCGGAAUAGCUCUGCCUACGCUCUUUCUCGUGUUUCUCGUACUCGUUUGCUGCUACUGGGAUUUUAUAAGACGACUAUUUCACAUGAGGUUACUCCUGGUCAUUUUAACCGAGCCUAACUUAUCUGACAGCAUCAAAAAAAUGAUCAAUGAAACAUCAAAAACUCUGCAAAGUGAGUGCUUCGUCAACGUCCUUCUCGUCAACUCCGAUGUUUUGAAAAAAAGAAGCAACGUAAGAUGGGUUGUCUCAAAAAUCUCUACCUCCGUCUUGAACUAUUUUAGAAAGGAACAACAAAGUGUGGAAAUGAAGGAGGCGUGUGAGAUCAUAGACAACUGUGAUUACUUGCUGGCAAUGCACAAUCAGACUAGUUUUGAUAAUUUUAAACUUUAUAUAGAAACCGACGAUCAUUCAAACAGCCAAUGCAAUCUCUUCCUAAAGAUAUUUCUCCGCUACAACAAGAUGCGCGGAGACGACGAACCAUUAACACGGAACUAUGUUUAUAGCGUUUCAAAGAACGACAACUUUCAACAAAGUACACAAAUAAAAGAAGACACUUCUUUAAAUCAACAUGAUAGAAUUGAAUCAGUGGAUACGAACAACAACGGCAGACUUGAUUCUGGAUUUUUAGAUCAAUUCACAAACUUGUCCUCGAGGAACGAAUCUUCAGAAAACCAAUCGACGAUAGCAUCAUCUCCAGUUAACUCCAACAGCAGCAAUGAAACUUUCCAGACAAGUUCCCUCACGAAACUAUUCACGAAGCUGCAAAAAAUGAACAAGCCUGCGAAAAGCAUAAAAUUGCCGAAACGUGCCCACAUCUGCUUCAACGAGAACAACCGCAUCCUACUGUUGCCCAACGGCAUUAAUACUGCCAUUGAAUUUGAGAGCAUCAAUCCGUCUUUUAACUGCUUUGCUCCACGUGAUGAAUUCAAAUUUACGAUGAUGGCGGAUUUAGAAGCACUGGUGCAGUGGGUCAGCGACGGCGGGAAACCAAUGCAGUCCACCCACGUAGUGAAAAUCAUUCCACCAGCUGAAACAGAAGAAGAUGAAGUUGCAAAAGUGAAUUUUGGUAUCCAUUAUAAUGAUAUAAACAUUGAUAAUGAGAUGAAUUCUGACGACAUUAAAAGUGAAUGUGAUGUAACUAAUAAUUCAUUCAUUCUCGAUAUAGAGAUAGCAUAUAUAAGCGUAAUGGUUGAGACGCCUCACCUGGUAGUUGCAGAGACGAGAUUCGAAUGCCGUGGAAACCUCGCCUAUUGCGUGCAAAUUGUAUGA